AUGUCCAUUAGUUUAGCCAAUGUUUGCCCUUUGCUGAAAAAGGUAGCUACCAGAUGGCUUGAAAACUGUCACGAAGGAGUUGACACGUUGGAAGGCAAAGUGGUUGCUAGAAAGCUUUUUGGUGAUCGGGUCGUUGCUUUCCCUUUCAAGUUGCUACAGUACGUUGAUCCUUUGAAAGAAGAGGAGAUCGCUAGAAUAAUGGUAUUUUAUGCCUUAUCGCAUCAUAUGAGCUUUGUUUUACGAACCAAAGAUGAUGGCGAGGAGUAUGUGCGAUAUUUGAUGAAAAUACCAGCUAAACGAAGAGAUAAUUUUGCUGUACUUCACGCUCAUUCUCUUCCUGGAGAAUUAAAAAGAUACUCUGGAAAGGAGCUAAGCCUUCGUCUCUUUUUUCAUCGUUGUGUUUGUGAACAUCUGACUUCGUUGUACAAAGAUCCGGAGAAAGUGGCUGUUCUCUACCAAAUCCUGCGUAAACUUUUACCCACUUUCCAGGAGCUUGUGGAGUUGACCGAGAGUUUUAUCGCGGACAAAUUGAAGAGUGACGAAGAGUCUGCUUGCGAUGAAUUUAGUGUCCGACAACUCUGCCUUAUGAUGAGGCUCGUAGAUCACAGCAGCGAUGAGGCAAAAGAAUUAUGGCGAAGACUGCUGUACCAGAUGGCUGCAAAUCCUGAUGUUUAUCCAAGCAGAGACCUGGUAGACUUUGCCGUGCGGGAAGUAAUAGAGCAGCUGGAUCGACCGACUGGCUCUUACCAAAAGACUAUAGUUUGGGCAGCAGAUACAGCUGCGAAGUUUCUCCAGUGCGAGGUUGCAGAAGAAAACUCUCAAAGAGAAGAGGAGCAGAGAAUUUCUGCUCUUACAAGCACAUGUUCCAUAGCUGCUGCCACUCGUGCUGCUACCAUAAUACACGCGGUCCUGGCUGAAGGAAUCAUUGAUCAGUUUCCAGAUGAAUAUGAUUAUCUGUUUAUAAUUAUGACUGGUCGACUUUCAAAUGCUGAUUCCAUCGAAUGUCGAUCUUUAUGUGUACGAAUGAUUGGACUAGCAAGUUGCCUUGAUGAGCACAUAAUGAAGGACCAUGUCUCGACAGUGCAUCGUUUUUUGAAAGAUGAUGUCUGCGAAGUGAAGGUGAAGUAA